AUGGCUUCGGCCGAUUAUGCCCUUGAGUACGACCCGGUCCCCGACCUAGUCGGGAACCCCAGCGCCAGCUCCAUGCUUGACUUCCUAGUCUUUGGCGACGAGGAGAGUGCCGCUGAGAGCUCGCCCAAGACCGAGUCGGACAACCACACGCCUUCCCCCCCAAGCUUCGCAGUCAACACUCCUCCGUCCUACAACCCGUCCGAGUUUACCUUCGACUUCUUCGACGAGAAGAAGGCAGUGGGUGGCCCUGCUUUUAUGGAGGACAUUCAAGUCAAGCAGGAGCCCGGCACCGAGGCCGCCAUUGCGCAAGCACCCGUUCAGCCACCGCCACCGCAAAUGCUACCGCUUCCGCAGCAGGAGCAGACCACACUUCCUGCUAUUCCUGCCCAGCAGCAGGAGGCGCUGCAUCAGCUGUUGGCCUCUUUUAUGAACUACCAGUCGCAGUGGGGCCUCUCCGUCCCAACUGACGGAACCCUUAACCCGUCACUUCUCGCCUCCACCCCGGCGCCGUCUACCCCAACGACCGCGUCCUUUACACCCUCUAGCGUGGCAGCUGCAACAGCGGCUUCUACCAUUCCCACUCCUGCCCCUCCACUCGUCCACGUUGCGCCCCCGCCGUCGCAGGAAGCUGAUGAGCCUCUUGUCGCAAUUGCGCCAGGCGAGACGGCCUCCCCAGCGCCUAGCCGAUCUGAACGCGCCACCUCGGCGUUCUCGAUAGGCGACGACAUCGACAGCCGCAUUGAUCAAUUAGUGCCGCUCAAUUCCAUUUUCAGCGCCGGCCGAGGCAAGGGUGGCAAGAAAGGUGGCGGCAUGUCCUCGGUCGUCCGCAAUGAUGGCGAGGAAAUUGACGACGACGAGAGCUGGCGCCCCUCGCCCGAGGAGUACAAGAAGCUCAGCUCUAAGGAAAAGCGCCAGCUUAGGAAUAAGCUCAGUGCGCGCGCGUUCCGUACUCGCCGCAAGGACUACAUUGGCACGCUCGAGUCGCACAUCAAGGACCGGGACUCUGUCAUCGACGCCAUCCGUGCCGAGCUGAGCACCACGCGGUCUGAGAACCAGGAUCUGCGACGCGAGCUCGCCGCUCUCCGCGCCAGCACCAUGUCUAUUCUCCACCCUCAAUCGGCCGUGGAGCCCAUCACUCCCGCCACCUCCGACGACACCCCCGCGCCUGUCGCGGCAAUCGUGCCUGCGCCUGCGCCUCAACCAACUGUCAUUCGCCGCACUACAGCAACGCCGACGGUUAACACCCGCAAAGAUGUGGCGCCGUUCGCCACAGGCAACGCUUUCUGGGGUGGCAACGACAACAUGUUUGGCAACGGUAACAACACCGUUUGCCACACAACGCUCACACCUGAGAUCACCCUGCCGCUGCAGCCCAACCUCAACCCUGCUCUCAACGGCGCCACCGAGCGCGGCGACAAGCACACGUCGUUCCACGCCGGCGACCGCGACAUUGAGUCGUCGUCAUUUGCCGAGUGGUCACUGGAGACGCCCUUCUCCUUGCGCUCCAUGGAGAACUACCGCAUGCAGCUCUGGAGCCGCCUGUCGCGCGAGGCGGCGGCGGACAAGGUUGGCAUGCCCUCCAGCAUGCGCCCCAAAUUCUUCACGGAGAACAAGGUCGAAGCCAACCAGCAAUCGGCCCUUUCGGCGCUCGCAACGGUGGCGACCGAGCACGUUGCCGCCAAGCUCUCGUCGUCGUUCUGGUCUGCCCUGUCCAGCUCGCCGAACAAGCUCGAUGCCGACAAGCUUGCCGCAGUCGUAACAGGCAAGUCGCGCCUUGCAGUGGUCCCGAACAGACAGAGCAAGUCGCCCGAGGAUGCCCUCGCCCACGCUAUGGCCGGCCUCAAGGUCCAGACGGGAAAUACCUCGCCCGCCGAAUCUUUGCGCACGCGAGAGCAUCCUCUCAACGCCGUGGCUGGCCUGAUUUUCAAGCCUGCCAUGUCAGCCCGCGCAUAG